AUGAUAGCUCUGCCAGUUCCUCUCACUCAAGCGAUGCCUGUGGAAGCGCGCAUGCGUUGUUCAGACUCGUACUUUGUGGCAGUCCCACAUGCCCAGAUUCCUUUGGAGAAUUCUGGAAGAAGCACGUUUCUAUUUCCAAGUCAAAUUAUUCACUGAUAAAUUUCAGGUGAAAAAUGGGUAAGGAACAACUUGACAUUCAGUUCAUGAAGAAGAUGCAGGUGUGGUAACAGUCUACAGGUUACCUUGCAGAAGGAACGUGGCUUGAGAAAGCUAAUGUGAAAUCAAUGCUAAACUUUGUUAACUGCUGCCAUUAAGACUCAUAGACUAAAAGCAUUUUUUCUCUAGUUCAUCUCUAAAUCAAUAUCAAGAUACUUUCAGAAUGUCCAGCAAAGAAGUGAAGACUGCUCUAAGAAGUGCAAGAGAUGCAAUCAGAAACAAAGAGUACAAAGAAGCUUUGAAACACUGCAAGACAGUGUUAAAACAAGAGAAAAAUAACUAUAAUGCCUGGGUUUUUAUUGGUGUUGCUGCAGCUGAACUAGAACAGCCUGAUCAGGCCCAGGGUGCCUAUAAGAAAGCUGCUGAACUAGAGCCGGAACAGCUACUCGCUUGGCAGGGUCUAGCAAGUUUGUAUGAGAAGUGUAAUCACAUAAAUGCUAAGGAUGAUUUACCUGGUGUUUACCGAAAGCUGCUGGAUCUCUAUGAAAGUGUUGACAGACAGAAGUGGUGUGACGUGUGUAAGAAGCUCGUGGCUCUCUAUCACCAGGAAAAGAAACAGCUAGAGGUGGCUCAGACAUGGUAUAGAUUGAUAAAGACUCGGCAGGAAGAUGGAGCAGACAGACAAGAGCUUUAUGAGCUGUGGAGAAAAUUGAGUCAGUUGCUGGCUGAGAAUAUAGAAGAUCAGAAUAAUGAGACCCAGCAGAUGCUUUUAACUGCAUUUGAGAAUGCACUGGACUUAGCAGAUAACAUUCCCAGUGAAGAUCACCAAGUACUUUACAGGAAUUUCAUUCAGUGUUUGUCUAAAUUUCCUCAUGAGACAACUAAGUUGAAGAAGGCCUGUGAAGAAAUGAUAACUAUCUAUCCUACUGUACAGUACCCACUAGAAGUGAUUUGUUUGUACUUAAUUGACUCAGGGAGCCUGACCGAUGAGGGACACCAGUAUUGUUGCAAGCUAGUGGAAAUGAAUUCAAAAAGUGGUCCAGGCCUUAUUGGCUUAGGCGUUAUAGCUUUCCAACACAAGAAGUAUGAAGAUGCUGUUAGUCAUCUAACAGAAGGCUUGAAGGAAAGCCCUCUCUGCAUAGCUGGGUGGUGUCGUCUAGCAGAAGCCCAAGUCAAAACGCACAGACCCAAGGAAGCUAUUCUUUCUUGUAAUGAAGCUCUGAAGACCAUAGAUAACUUUGGUGCAUCAGGUGGCAGUCUUCAUCAGAAGAAUCUUUGUCUUCGUCUGAAAGCAGAGGCUUUGCUUAAACUCUCAGAUUGUGCAUCUUCGGAGGAGGCAGUUCGUACCCUUGAUCAGGUUUCUGACAUAGAUAAUACCCCAGGACUGCUGGUUCUCCAAGGCCUCGCCUGUCUGAACACAGGAGCUGUGGACAAGGCUACAAAGAUCAUGGAAGAUCUUGUAACCUCUCACCCAGAUCUGGCUGAGGCUCACGCUCUGAAGGCUCGGGUUCACUUUACUAAGAAGGAGUACGUGCAAGCAGAAAUGAGUUUCCAAAGAGCACUUGAGAAAGAUGCUGAAGUUGCUGAGUAUCAUUACCAGCUUGGAUUGACAUACUGGUUCAUGGGUGAAGAAACAAGAAAAGACAGAACAAAGGCGCUUACCCACUUUCUAAAGGCUGCGAGACUGGAUGCACACAUGGGUAAAGUUUUCUGCUACUUAGGCCAUUAUUACCGAGAUGUGGCUGGAGAUAGAAACAGAGCCCGAGGGUGUUACAGGAAAGCUUUUGAAUUAGAUGACAGUGAUGCUGAGUCUGGAGCUGCUGCAGUUGACUUGAGCCUGGAGCUUGAAGACACGGAAACUGCUUUAGCUAUCUUGACAGCAGUAACUCAGAAGGCGAGUGCUGGAGCAGCAAAGUGGGCAUGGCUGAGGAGAGGACUGUACCAUUUGAAAGCUGGUCAACAUUCUCAAGCAGUGGCUGAUUUACAGGCAGCAUUAAGGGCAGACCCAAAGGACUGCAAUUGCUGGGAAUCCUUAGGAGAGGCGUACUUAAGCAGAGGUGGUUACACAACAGCCUUGAAGUCUUUUAUGAAAGCCAGUGAGCUCAACCCAGACUCCACAUACAGUGUGUUUAAGGUGGCAGCGAUACAGCAAAUCCUAGGCAGGUAUUCGGAGGCCAUUGCGCAGUAUCAGCUGAUCAUUAAAAUGAAAGAAGAUUAUGUACCUGCCUUAAAAGGUUUGGGUGAGUGCCACCUGAAGCUGGGGAAGAUGGCCUUAGUGGAUUUUCUGGAUGGAAAAGCUGUGGACUAUAUGGGACAAGCGCUGGGAUAUUUCACCCGGGCCCUGCAGCAUCGAGCUGAUGUGUCUUGCCUUUGGAAGCUUGUGGGAGAUGCCUGUACCUGUCUGCAUCCCGUUUCGCCAUCUAAAGUGCAUGUUCCUGUCUUAGGAGCCCUUCUCGGCCAACAAGAAGGACAAGAAGUCUUAAAGAAAGAUGAGCUCCUGCGGCUUGGAGGAAGGUGUUAUGGUCGUGCAUUGAAGUUGAUGUCUACAUCUAAUACAUGGUGUGAUCUUGGAAUUAAUUAUUACCGUCAAGUACAACAUCUAGCAGAAACAGGCAGCAGCAUGAAUGAUCUUACUGAGUUACUGGAGAAAUCUUUGCAUUGUCUGAAAAAGGCAGUGAGGCUGGACAGCAAUAAUCACUUACACUGGAACGCUCUUGGUGUGGUUGCAUGUUACUCUGGAGUUGGAAAUUAUGCCCUUGCUCAGCACUGUUUCAUCAAAUCAAUCCAGACAGAACAAAUUAACCCUGCUGCAUGGACCAACUUAGGAGUGUUAUACCUCGCGACUGAAAACAUCGAGCAAGCCCAUGAAGCAUUCAAAAUGGCUCAGUCCCUUGAUCCAUCUUAUUUAUUGUGCUGGAUUGGACAGGCUCUUAUUGCAGAAAGAGUUGGAAGUUUUGAUACCAUGGAUCUCUUCAGACACACUACAGAGCUCAGUAUGCAUACUGAAGGAGCAAUAGGUUAUGCAUAUUGGGUUUGUACAACAUUACAAGACAAAAGCAACAGAGAAACAGAGCUCUACCAGUACAACAUCCUUGAGAUGAAUGCUAUCCCUGCGGCACAGGGAGUUCUGUGUAAAUACGUAGAAAGAAUUCAGAAUUCCGCUUCAGCUUUCACAAUGUUGGGUUAUUUAAACGAGCAUCUGCAGUUGAAAAGGGAAGCAGCCGAGGCGUACCAAAGGGCAACUGCACUGUUACAUUCUGCUGAAGACCAACAUACUUACAACAUUACAGUAAGAAACUGGGGCAGAUUGUUAUGCUCCAUUGGUGACUGUGACAGAGCUAUCCAGGCCUUUAAGUCGACGCCCCUUGUGGAGCUGGAGGACAUCAUUGGGUUUGCAUUGGCAUUGUUUAUGAAGGGCCUGUAUAAAGAGAGCGGUUCAGCCUAUGAGAGAGCCUUGGCUGUUUGUAAAUCAGAGCAAGACAAAGCUCACAUCUUGACAGCUAUGGCAAUAAUGGAAUAUAAACAAGGGAAAAUGGAUGCAGCCAAGUCAUUUCUCUUCAAAUGCUCUAUUUUAAAGGAACCAACUACAGAAAGUCUUCAAGCACUGUGUGCUCUAGGGUUGGCAAUGCAGGAUGCCACACUGUCAAAAGCAGCACUGAAUGAGUUACUGAAGCACAUCAAACGCAAGAAUGAUUAUCACAGGUGCCUUCUUACGUCAGCAGUUUACGCACUGCAGGGCCGCAGUGUGGCAGUGCAAAGACAAGUGGCCAAGGCUGUGCACAGUAACCCUGCUGACCCUGCUCUGUGGUCUUUGCUAUCUCGAAUUGUUGCUCAGUACACACAGCGGAGCGCAAAGGGAGGUGCUGUAGCUGGCAACGUGGCUCAUAUUCUGGAUUUGAAUCAUGGAAAGAAGGCAUUAUUGUACACUGCAGUGAACCAGCUGGCCAUGGGAAGCAGUACAGCAGAAGAUAAAAGCAAUACUGCUCUAAAGACCAUGCAGAAGGCAGCCUUCCUUUCUCCAGAUGACCCUGCUGUCUGGGCUGGGCUGAUGGCAGCCUGCCAUGCCGACGAUAAACUGGCUUUACUCAGUAACACUCAGCCAAAGAGGGUAGAUUUGUACUUGGCUUUGCAGUCUGCUGUUGCUGCUUCACUUAAGGACAAAGAAACUUUGCAAAAUUACAACCAGUCACUUGAAAAGUGGUCUUUCUCACAAGCUGUCACUGGUCUGAUUGACACAGGAAAAACAUCUGAAGCUGAAUCUCUGUGCACACAGAGUUUGAAAAGUAACCCUGAUCAGCCAGCUGUUAUCUUAAUGUUGAGACAAGUUCAGUGUAAAUCACUCCUGAAGUCACAAAAGCCCCUCCCAGAUGCUGUACUGGAAGAACUGCAAAAGACAGUCAUGUCCAACUCUACCUCUGUCCCGGCAUGGCAGUGGUUGGCACAGGUUUAUCAGUCCCAAGGAAUGAUGGGUGCUGCAGAGAUGUGUUACAGAAAGAGUCUCCAAGUGGCAUCCCAACAGGGCGACUGGAGUGGGAAGCUCUCUAGUCUGUUGAAGCUAGCCCUUCUUGCAUUGGAAGUGUGCAUGGCUAAUGUUUCAGGUGAUCACUGGUCAUCCUUAGUUCAAGAAGCCACAAGUGAGGCCUUGAAGGUUUGCUUUACCCCACUGGCUAUCUUCUUGCAAGCAUUGUUACAGUUCAACCGUAAGAUGGGAGCAAGAGAGACACGGCGGCUUUUGGAGAGAGUAGUGUACCAGACUGGAUACCCCAGCUCAAUUGUAUCAACCGCUCGUUGGUACCUCUUAAGACACCUCUAUGCGAAAGAUGACCAUGAACUAAUUGAUGUGCUGGUGAGGAAUGCAGAGAUUCACGGUGAUAAAAGAAGUUUGGAACUGAAUCGGAAGCUGUCGGCACAGUGAUCAUGGAUUGUGAGACUUAAAAUUCUUCAGACCAAGUCUUGGUGAAAUCCACAUGUUCUUGUACUCUGUCUUACUAGUUCCAUCUCAGAUCCUAUUGAAGAAGCGUAAUAUAAAUGUUUGUAAGAUCGUGACUGCUAAUGCAUAUAUCUAUAAAGUUCAGAAUGCUCAGUUAUAUGGUUGUAUUUAAAACACAUUAAUGGAAAAUUUGGGGAAAAUAAUGCUGAUAUUUAAUUAUGCAUUUUUUUUGCUUAUGACGAAAAGACAUGACCUGAAAUAAAACAAAAUCAGUGUCUUAUUUUUUAUAUUAUUAGUAUAAAACAUAGUUUUAAAAUUUUAGGUUUUAAAACUUAAAAGCAGAGUUACUAUUUUUUCAAAAUAUAAUUUAUAUAUUUAAAUAACCUAUAUGUCACUCACUUUGGAUUGUGAUUUUAAAUAUUCCAGUGGGCAUGGUGGUGCAUGCCUUUAAUACCAGCACUUGGGAACAGAGGCAUGCAAAUCUCUGAAUUUGAGAUUAGCCUGGUCUAUGUAGAAAGUUCCAGGCCAGCCAGUAUUAGUAGUGAGAUCUUGUCUCAAUAAUUUUUUUCAGAUGUAAACAUUUAUUGUACAGAGGUAUGUGGCAGUAUAAUUAAUUUUGUAUGUGUUUUUUUGUUCUCAGCCAGCAGGCUCAUUGUAUUAUUUUGUAAAAUCCUAUGAAUUGGUAAUAUCCUUUAAUUAAAUUGUAUGUCAGAGGUUAUUCUCUUAGAAAGAAUUGUAA